CGACGAGUGCAGGGUAAUACAUUGUUGCCAAAAAUGGGGAAAUUGCCUUCACAACGCAUUACUCCUGACUUCCCUUUCAAGUCCGUUGGAACUGACAUGGCCGGACCAUUCUAUAUUGUAAAUCGUAAAGGCCGCGGGGCCAGGUUGAUGAAAUGCUAUCUUUGUUUAUUUAUUUGCCUUCGUUUUAAAUGUUUACACUUAGAGGCCGUUAGUGACCUCUCUAAAGAUGCCUUCAUCAUGACUUUGCAUAGAUUUGUUUCGCGCCGCGGUAAACCAGCUGAGAUCUAUUCUGAUAACGGACGCAAUUUUGUAGGAGCGGCAAGGGAGCUCAGUAAAUUCACCGAUAUACAAAACAUCGCGUUAACUGAAUUUACAGCUCAGCAAAACAUCAAAUUUAACUUCACUCCAUCUUACUCUCCUCACUUCGGCGGCAUAUGGGAGGCCGGUGUGAAAUCGGCAAAGUAUCAUAUCAAACGAGUCAUGGGGAAUUCUCAUUUAACUUUUGAAGAAAUUCUAACUUUGUUUGCACAAGUGGAGGCUAUUUUGAAUAGUCGUCCCUUGUGCCCAUUAUCCACUUCCCCUGACGAUUUCCUUUUCCUUUCCCCAGGGCACUUCUUGAUCGGAAGACCACUAAAUGCUCUGCCGGCUCGCGCCUUGGAGAAUGAAAAGGAACCGCAAUUGAAACGCUACGCACGACUCGAGCAAAUCAGGCAACAUUUCUGGCUGAGGUGGCAAAAGGAGUACAUCUGCGAACUACAAAUACGUACAAAAUGGAAAACAAACAAGGCUAAACUAAAGGUUGGAGACUUGGUGCUCAUAAGUGAAGAUUCCCUGCCGCCGUUAUGCUGGAGCACCGGACGAGUAACCAGGCUAUAUCCAGGGCCAGAUGGGAUUCCUCGUGUUGCUGAUGUUCAGACCACGGUGGGUUGUUAUCGCCGUCCUCUGGUUCGCCUCUGCCCGUUACUCGACGAUGAAGACACAGAGUUGAAGAAUCUGGAUUCUUCAACGGGGGGAGUAUGUUAAGGAACGUCUCACAUUUUCAUUGCGGUGCAACUCUAUAACGAUUCACAUCGUGUGAUCCAUGCUUAAUUUAUCGGUUAUCGGUGUGAAGUAUCUAUAUAAACUGUGAGUGCAAUAGACAAUCAGUGAUGUGACAGAACGUUGGGUAUAUAAGACAGUGAUUUGACAUGUAAACCCUCUUUCCCUUACUUCUUCUCGUCGUGCGAAGUGUUUGCGUAAUCUUGUAAUUUGCAAUACAGAAU